UCCUAACUUACAUAUAGAUCAAUGUGUGAUACAAUUUAUCAUUUCACACAGGGUAAAUUCCUCAUUCUGAUGAUAGAUGAUUUUCACAAUAUAAAUGCAAUCAAGACACCUCAAGGUAGAAAUAUAACUAAUGCUGUCCACAUGGCAACUAUCAUGCUCGAUAUUCAACCAUUCAGCCAAAUAUCAGCUAUCUCUAAAGUGCACAGAGAAAUCAAAGUCAAGUUACCGUCCCAACAACAUGAAAAACUAUGUAGAGGAGGAAUCUCCAGUGAAUCCGUUAUCCAAGAGCUCAAAAGAAUAUGGCCACAAUACAGUUUGUAUUCCUUCUUGGAAAGCCUCCCGCCAGAUUACAAACAGAUAAACCCAUCCAUACUAAGGAAAUCAUUGAAGGAACUCAGGUUUACAUGUGUAUAUUGUAUUAGGCUGUGGCUGAGCUAUUCUGCAUUAUAUAUUAUAUUUAUUUUGAAAAAAAGCAGGAAUAUAGGCAUGCAAAAUGCCUAUAAGCCCUUUUCGCAAACAGUUCAAGAUAAGUGUGAGAGUUUAGUUUAUGCAAGAGAGGAUGCACUAGAAUCCCAAACCCUAGAAUCAACAGUACUGAUUGAUGAAAUAGAAMAAGAUCUGCAUAGCCUCCAAAACUAUAAAGACACCCACAGUCACAUGUUUGAUGUUUCCYCAGAGCUCAAGCACUUUGCAUCAACCUACAUCCUCCCUGUAGCUGGUGAUUGGCCGACAUGGUACUUUCAUAAGAAAGAUAUUUGUCUCUCAGAGGAGAACAUAAACAUGAUUCCUGAGCUUGGACCAUUCCAUGUUUACCUCAAUUCUACUGAAGAUGUAAUUAAAGGAUACCACCCAGUAUUUGAAGAGUUGUACAAGUCUGUCUUUGGUGAAAAAAAGAUCCUUCCUCUCAAGCCAAAACCAGAGAAGGUAUCACUGUGCAUCACACUUGCCUUUGCUGGAUGGUUGCAGAUUAGAGAUGCCAUUCUUAAUGCCUUUGGAGAGUGCAAGGAUGUUGAAUAUGCCUGCCUAUUCCAUCUAUUUGACGAGCURGUACCAUUGACAUUCCUACAUUACCCAGUGUUUGUGAAAGGAAAUGAUUUCAACAACGUUCAUGUUUCUAUGAAGAGACURGCAKUCAUGUUCAUUACAAUGGARCKGCACCACUACAACAAAGCAAGUCUGUCAUGGAUCAGUGACAGUCAUUACCAGCGUAACUACUUUCCAGACUACUACACCRCAAAACAACACCUGUGCUCUGUUAUCAGUGAGAAGAAAGUGGAAAUAUUCCAUUCACGUCUGAGAAGCAGGAUAUCUAAAACUGACAAGGCACCAAAAAUCCAAGAAACAGCCAAACUUUUAGCCAGGUCAAAUUGUCAACCUAAUCAUUUCGAACAAGAUUAUGUCAAUGGUUACAAACGAGGGAUAAGCGACCAGGAUUUACUUUUCCUCACUGGUAAAGUUCAGUUCCUUUUUCGAAAUGAAAUUCAACAUUAUUACACCAAUAAAUCUUUAUAUAAUUUCAGGAUUAGCAGCUGAGAGUUUAUUGGACAUGUUUGAGCGAGUGGCUACAAAUCUUGGAGGCUCAACGCAGCUACCCAGACCUAUCAACAAGGCUGGUAAACCAUA